AUGGUUCCCAUCAUCACCGACAACUGGGGCCGCAAGCUGUCUAUCGUUAUUGGCUUCAUCAUCAUGAUUGUCGGUGCCGUCAUGCAGGGUGCUUGCCAGAACUACGGCACCUUUGCCGGAGGCCGUGUUCUCCUCGGCUUCGGCAACUCGUUCUCCCAGAUCGCCUCGCCCAUGCUGCUGACGGAGAUUGCCCACCCCCAGCACCGCGCGCGUCUCACGACCGUUUACAACUGCCUGUGGAACCUGGGUGCCCUCAUCGUUGCCUGGACCACCUUUGGCACGGCCAACCUCAACAACGACUGGUCGUGGCGUAUCCCCGCCAUCCUGCAGGGUGCCCCCUCUCUGUUCCAGCUCUUCUUCUUGUGGUGGGUGCCCGAGUCCCCUCGUUUCCUCAUUGCCAAGGAGCGCGACGACGAGGCUCUCGCCAUUCUCGCCAAGUACCACGCCAACGGCAACGACCAGCACCCCACGGUUCAGUUUGAGUUCCGCGAGAUUCGCGACACGAUCCGCCUCGAGCAGGCCGCCAACACGAGCACCAAGUACGUCGACUUCUUCAAGACCAAGGGCAACCGCUACCGUCUCAUCGUCAUCAUCGCCCUCGGCAUCUUCUCGCAGUGGUCCGGCAAUGCCAUCAUCUCCAACUACACCUCUCUCCUCAUGUCCAUGAUUGUGUCCAUCAGCUUCGCCCUCAUGGUCGACAGGGUCGGCCGUCGUCCCAUCUUCCUGCUGGCCACCGGUGGCAUGUUCGGCACUCUCUGCGUGUGGACCCUCACUUGCGGCCUGUACGAGCAGCACCGCGCGCCCGGCGCCAACAUUGCCAUGAUCGUCUUCAUCUGGGUCUUCUCGUUCUUCUACGCGACAGCCUGGUCUGGUCUCCUCAUCGGUUACGCCGUGGAGAUUCUGCCCUACUCGCUGCGUGCCAAGGGUCUCAUGAUCCUCAACAUUGCCAUCCAGGUCGCCCUCUGCCUCAACAACCAGGCCAACCCCGUGGCCAUGGACCACUGGAAGGGCGAGGAGGGCACUGGCUACGGCGGCAACACGUGGAUCCUGUACCUCAUCUACGUCAUCUGGGUCUUCUUCGAGCUGUGCUUCGUCUUCUACAUGUUUGUCGAGACCCGCGGACCCACCCUCGAGGAGCUCGUCAAGGUCAUUGACGGCCCUGACGCCCAGGUCGCCGACAUUGACAUGGGCCACGUCGAGAAGGACACGGCCCUGGAGGCCGAGAAGCGCGAGGACGCUGGCGUCGAGCAGGUCCAGUACCACUCCAAGGUCUAA